CGUUUCAGUUCAUAUUCAGAUGCCAUGCCAUCAGUCGAGUGCGGUGUCAUAAGGAAUUUGGGUGCUCCAAGUUGGAAUGUGAGGUAUUCAAACCCGCUCACACUAUAAAAAAAUCAACUCUCGAAACCGUUAAACAAAUAACAAUAAACUCCUAAUGGAUUUUACGACAAUCAAGCAGUAUUCAUCGAAGUGUUCCAAUUCCUAAUAGCCAUAUCCAUCAUAUUCCUGAAAUGGGGUUGCUUUAACGUCUCCACCAGCAUAAUAGACCGACGCCGACGCGCCGAAUCGACGCCACAGACGACAAUCGAUAGUCCGGGGGUGAAAACAAAUAUGGCCGACUCGGAGUUCGAAGAAUUCAGACACAGUUUCGAUAAAUUACCUUCACACGCGAAAACUGCUGCACCCUUUUAUUCCUUAGUACACGAUGUUCUUGUUGACGAAGACUCCCCAACUUCUUCCAAGAGCGACCUAGAAACAGACUGUGAUAUUAUCGGGGAUGGCCUGGACCAGAGCGGGCCCCCUUCGCUGGGCGGAAAGAAAUCAGAUCCCCCAUCCCUUAGCACCCCUUUACCGUGGGCUGGCGAGAGGAGGCGGAGGAAACUGCCAGAAAUACCCAAGAAUAAAAAAUCUACUGUAGUGACCAUGUAUAAUCCACAACAACCCUUCUCCAGGGAGAUAUCUUUGGCUGACGAGCUGGGGAGUACCAGCAGUGGACCAAGCUCAAUUUUAGUAUUGAAAUGCGGAUAUCUUUGGGACGACUCUCCUGAAUCUGAUAGAUUUCUAACUGAUGCGGACAGCGGUCACAGUACGGCCCAUUCGCCCACCGGGACGGAUGGGCCCAAGUCAAUGUCACCGGUGAUGGGUGUCUCCCCAUCCGUUGUGGGAGGGAUGGUAUAUAACGAUGUCGACAUGCUGGAAGCUACUCAUCGAGGAUUGCACAAGUUUGUUCCCAGGCAUGACGAUGAAAUAGAAGUGGAAAUAGGAGAUCCCAUUGAUUGGGAUUCAUCUUGUGAGAAAUUGUAUUUUACAGGUGUUAAUUUGCGAACGGGAAGGUUAGGAAUAUUUCCGUCAGCUUAUGCGGUAGACUAUGAUUAUAGCGAUUGGGAUUCAUCUUGUGAACAUGGGCGGAGAGAGCGCUAUUUACUAGGAUACAUGGGGUCUGUGGAAACGUUGGCUCAUAAGGGCACAUCCGUUGUAUGCCAGGCUGUGAGACGAGUUAUUGGAAACACAGGAAAUGAACCGGAACUGCAACCCUGCACCCUCGAAGUUUCUGAUCAGGGUCUUCGAAUGGUCGACAGAAGGAAACGAAAUCAAAACGAACCUUGCAUAGAUUAUUUCUACUCGUUGAAGAACGUUUCCUUCUGUGCUUUCCACCCCCGAGAUCAUCGCUAUCUAGGAUUCAUUACGAAACACCCCACUCUACAAAGGUUUGCUUGUCAUAUUUUUCGAGGUCAAGAUUCCACUAGGCCGGUAGCAGAAGCAGUCGGUCGUGCCUUCCAGAGGUUCUAUCAGAAGUUUAUCGAGACUGCUUAUCCUGUUGAAGAUAUUUACAUUGAAUAAAUGUUUAGUGCAAUACAGAAAAAUUAAUAACCAUAAUGUAAAUACAUUAUAAUGCUGUGUCAUCAAUAAACAGAAAUAAUAACUUUCAUUUGUAA